CAGCAAAAAAGAGUCCAACGAGAAGGAUGGAAACGAUAGAGGGAGAGAUGAAGGAGAUGAGGGAGUGUUACAGGAAUGGCAACACCAAACCUAUAGCGUGGAGGAGGUCUCAGCUCCAAGCCUUGCGAUCUUUCCUUCACGAUCAUGAGGUUCAAAUUUUCAGGGCUUUAGACCUCGAUUUAGGGAAGCAUUAUGUUGAAGCAUUCCGAGAUGAGGUAGGACUCCUGAAGAAAUCAGUGAAUCUUGCACUCAAGGAUUUGAAAAGAUGGAUGUCAAGCACAGAGGCUAAACUUCCUAUAAUUGCACUGCUAUCAUCUGCUGAAUUGGUUCCUGAGCCUCUUGGCCUUGUCCUCGUUCUCUCAUCUUGGAACUUACCCUUCGGGCUGUCGUUGGAGCCUUUAAUAGGAGCCAUAGCUGCAGGAAAUGCUGUGGUUUUAAAACCAUCAGAGCUGGCCCCUGCUUGUUCUUCACUUCUUGCUAAUACCCUCCCUAAGUACCUUGAUAAUCAAGCUAUCAAGGUCUUCGAGGGAGGCCCUGCUGUUGGCCAACAACUGCUUCAGCAAAAGUGGGACAAGAUUUUCUUCACAGGAAGUGCAAAAGUGGGACGGCUAAUAAUGUCAGAAGCUGCAAAGAAUCUAACGCCUGUAACUUUAGAGCUGGGGGGGAAAUGCCCUGCUGUUCUUGAUUCCCUCUCCUGGACUUUUGACAAAGAGGUGGCUAUAAAACGAAUCAUUGGGGCAAAAUAUGGAUCUUGUGCAGGUCAAGCAUGUAUAUCAAUUGACUAUAUAUUAGUGGAGAAGUCAUUUUCAUCUACUGUGGUGGAAAUGACAAGGGCCCUGAUCAAGACAAUGUAUGGAGAUAACCCUAGAGAAUCACAUAGUGUUGCCAGGAUAAUUAACAAGCAUCAUUUCCUGAGGCUGAAAAACCUUCUAACUCGUCAAAAUGUUAAAGAUUGUAUCGUCUUUGGCGGUUCGAUGGAUGAAGACAACUUGUUCAUUGAGCCAACAAUAUUAGUGGAUCCCCCACUUAAAUCAGCAAUAAUGACAGAUGAGAUCUUUGGCCCACUGCUUCCCAUAAUCACAUUGGAUAAGAUUGAAGACAGUAUUGAUUUCAUUAAUUCAAGGCCUAAACCCCUAGCAAUAUAUGCUUUCACCAAAAAUGAAGUGCUGAGGAAGAGAAUGGUAUCUGAAACAUCAUCCGGAUGUGUGGUUUUUAAUGAUGCAAUCAUUCAGUUUGCAGCAGACACCAUUCCUUUCGGGGGCAUUGGUGAAAGUGGGACGGGGAAGUACCAUGGCAAAUUCACCUUCGACACAUUUACACACUACAAGGCUGUGGCUAGAAGAAGCUUCUUAACUGAUUUUUGGUACAGGUUCCCCCCAUGGAAUAAUCAUAAGCUGGAACUCUUGGAGGAUAGUUACAAUUUCAAUUAUUUCGGAUUGCUUCUUGUCAUUUUGGGGUUGAAGAGGACUAGAAAGACUUUUCAUGUCAACUAGUUAUUCUUAUGCACGGCUACGACUCUCCUGUUAAAAGUAUUAAUGAUAUGUCGAGCACAGAGAAUAAACAUGGGAAAACAGUAAGUAUAGUUUGC